AUGGCAAGAAGUGUGCCUUAUACAGUGCAGCUUGAGGCUGAUGUCGCGCAGCAGUUGGCGGACCAAGGCGGUGCGCUACUUGUCCUUGGCCUUCCGGAGGGCUCAUACUUUGGUAUUGAUCAUAUGGCCUUCCGAUGCGGUCCCCGCUUUCGUGGCGUUAAAAUGCUGCCUCCAGGACCUCACUUUGUGUGCUACAGCGUCCCCGGCUCGGAACAACGCGGCGGCGGUAUGAGCCCGGUGACCGGUUUCUUCUUCAAUGUCAAGGCUGCGCCUGGCAAAGCAGCAGGAGAAGUCUCCACCGACAAUGUCAUCGUACGGAAGUAUGACGCUGCUGGGGAGCUGCUGGUGGAGCUGCCGGACGAAGAGGCACAGCGCUACGCGCUGGGUGUACGGCGGUACGAGUUUGACUGGGGGUUGGCGCCGUACAAUCUCCACGCGUGGCGGCAGUGGCGGGAGUUAACAAGCUGCCUGGACGAGCGAAUUAUUGACGCGAUCCAGCCCGUGGGGGUGAACAUCUGUACGGCAGCAGAGGCGGAGUUGGACGAGCAGGACGGUGGUGGUGGUGGGGCGGGCGGGGUGGAGGGUCGGCCCAGGACGGAGGCGGAGGCGCGGCUGCGGCAGCAACUGCUGGAGGGUCGUACAGCUCGCAAGGCAGCUGCAGCUGCUGCUGCUGCCGUACAACCACCACCACCACCAGCUGCUGUACCUGAGGCCCCACCUCCUCCCCCUCCCCCACCCCCUCCCACUGCCGCCACGUCCGCCCCCGGGGACCGCACCUCGGGUCCUUCCGAUAUGGAGGUGGAGGACGGAGGGGGCGGGGGAGGGGGAGGGGGAGGGGGUUUGGAGAGGGGAACAAUGCACGCAGUAGCAGCAGCAGCAGUAGCAGCGAGAGGAACAGCUUCAGUGGAUAACGGCAGUACCUCAGCGACGGAGGGCGGCGGCAUGAAGAGCAGCACCUCGUCAGGGCGGUGUUUCUACUCGGUGGUGCCUCGACUGGUGAAGGAAGCAGGUCUCACCGCCGCACAGCUGACCGCGCUCAACAUGGACCGCAGUGCCCAGCUGGAGGCGCUGGCGGUCAAUCGCUGGGGGGGAGAUGUGGCGGCGGUGGUGGGGGAGAUGCAGUUUGCAUUCGUCGCCUUCGUGUACGGACAGUCACUACAAAGCUUCUACCAGUGGCGGUCCCUGGUGACUCUGUUCCUCAACUGCGAGGCGGCGGCGCUGGGGGGAAAGAGCCGCCACGCCGCCACCUUCGCCGCAUUCCUGGCGGCGCUGAGGGCACAGCUUGCAUGCGCCCUGGCUGACACGGCUGACAGCGCUGCUGGUGUCCUUGAGAGCAAAGAAGACCUUGUGGCUGCUGCGACCCACGGGUCAUCCUCCCUGCUGGUUGAGGAAGUGUUGCUGGCGGGGGGGGGUCGGGACUGCUUCCUGCGUCGCCACCUGGACAGCUGGUUCGAGGUGCUUCGGGAGGCGGAGCCGGGGGAGGUGGAUAGCAGGCUGCUGUACGAGGCGACCCAGCUUCGUGCCCUGCUCAGCAGGACGGUUGGCUGGCAGUUCGAUGGUGUGGAGCAUGGCGACCCUACUCCAAUCGAUGUUCGACCGACCUACACUUACCCGGUCCUAGGGGAGGAUGACGACGACGAGUACUCGCCGGUGGUGGUGGAGCUGGGCCCCCAGGCCGAUUGGGAGGGGCAGUGA